AUGGCGGAGUUGCAUCGAAAAAUAAGCAACCUCUCAUCACCAAGCUCGAUCAAUAGAUUGACUUCUUCAAACUCCUCUAAUAUCACAUCGUUCCCUCCAACGUCACGAAAUCAACCUGCGAGUCAGUUCACAUCGUACCCUGCUGACAGCCAAAUCACUUUGCAGUCGUCCCAUGCGCUGGUGGAUGACGAUGAUUCAGACGACGAUCUUAAUGAACGUCCGCCAAUGCUUAGUUCCUACGCAAUAACAUUGCUGCAGCAGUUGACAAAGAACACCUAUAAUGUUGAUAAGAGGGACUCGUCAGAUUACAAAACGAUAUUUGAUGAACCGCAGGAACAAAAAGAGUCUAUGAGUGAAUUAUCUCAAUUAGAUACAAGUCGCCCCUCCAGUCGCCGAUUCAGUUCUUUCAACUCAAAUAUAAGUCAACCAGCAUACCUAGGAUUGGAGAAACGAUAUGGCAUAGAAACAGACCAGUCGGAAAAUACCGCGUCUAAAUACAGGCAGUCUCUCAGAUCUGCUCGCUCGUUUUCAAAGUUUGGGCUCGGUGCACCAAAGAGACUUUCCGAAAGUGAGUUGAACGAACUGGCCAACUCCCCCGAGAAUUAUGGCAAGUCUCCAGCAUUGGAACAUCGUAAUGAAGAGGGUAAGCACACGGCUACUACCAACAUGUUCACGAAAUCCGACAAAACGACCACCGCGCCAACGUAUUACGAUCCCGACAGAGAGGACGACCCAGGCAUUGGAAAUAAGCAUGCUUAUGUCCAAACACCAAGGCACGAAAGAAAUAGACCUAUUUCGUCCUGCUCGCCUCGUGUGAAAAGAAACAAUCUCAGCGAAACACCUUACCGUGCUGAUCUACAACUGAAUCAGGCUCAGAAAACCUCGCAGCUAGACUCAACUAUCAAUCAGAAAACUCCCACCAAGACACCCGCUCUUGAUCGUUAUGCCACUCCUGAGCAAGCGAGACGCGCAUUGACCCCCCUUUCACAAUCACGUUGGAACCAGCAAAAGAGUGAUAUCUUUGAUUUCCAUGAGAUGAAGGACCGGCUAACACCCAAGAAGUCGUAUAGCCAUGAUCGUCUUGGUCAAAUCGACGAGAAUCCUCGGCGCUCGGUCGAGAAUAUCCAGGCUCCCGUGACCACCAAAAAGGCGUGGGAAGAACGCGAAGCUAGAUCGUCCAUUCACCAAGAACGUGUUUACGAAGUUGAAAAGCCAAGCAAUAUACUGACAAUCAACAAACAAGACUUUGAGUGUUUGGAACAGAUCGGAAAAGGUGGUUCUUCCAAAGUUUACAGGGCGCGAGCUGUGAAUGGAAAAAGAGACUAUGCGAUAAAAGUUGUUACAUUCGACCAAUUCGACGAAGGUGCUAUUGUUAGUUUCAAAGGAGAAAUUGAAAUUCUGAGAAAGCUUCGAAACCAAGAUCGGGUAGUUAAGCUUAUUGACCACAGUCUAAAGGAAGGUUCAUUACUAUUAGUGAUGGAAUGUGGUGACAUAGAUUUAGCUCACGUUUUGGCAAGUCGAGCUCACAUGCCAUUUGACGCCAGUUUCACACGGUAUCAUGCCGUUGAGAUGGUCAAAUGUGUCAAGGCUGUUCACGAUGCAGGUAUUGUUCAUUCUGAUUUGAAGCCUGCAAAUUUCUUGUUUGUGAAAGGUACUUUGAAGUUGAUCGAUUUCGGAAUAUCCAACUCAUUAUCUGAUCAGACUGUGAAUAUCUACCGUGAAUGUCAGAUCGGGACUCCAAACUACAUGGCGCCAGAGACUUUGAUUGAGGUCAACAACACAUUGAAAGGUGAUAAUUUGAAUGGAACCUGGAAAGUUGGUAAGCCCGCAGACAUUUGGUCCUGUGGCUGCAUCAUCUACCAAAUGGUUUACGGUAAGCCACCAUAUGCAAACUAUGCUGGUAACAAGCGAAUUCUUGCCAUCACCAAUCCGAAGGUGGAAAUCCAGUAUCCGCGUGUGACAGCAGACGGAACUAGAGUGAACGGUUUGGUUAUUGAUACCAUUCAACGAUGCUUGAAACGGAACCCUUCAUUAAGAGCGAACGCAGACCAGCUUCUAGAUACAGACUUUUUGAGACCCAAAGUUGUUACGCACAAAUUCAUCAACGAUUUGGUUCGCAACGCUGUGAAGUAUGGUAACACCCAUCAGUUGGUGUCUGACCACAAACUUGACAUCCUUGUUGAGGAUGUGUGGAAAAAAGUUAACGAGUAUAGUUAG